UGAGUCAACGACGUUACAAGGCGUCACUUUUUGUGUCAAGUAACCGUCACGGUCUUUUUCCCUCCAUUUGACGCCACCUCGACGCCUGUCCGGGCCAUUUUAAAUCGCGUUUUCCGGCUGCGGUACUUUGUUCCCGGCGAAGUUUAGCCGGAGUUCGUGGGACAUUCGCCGGGAAUUUACAAGCGACGGGAAUCCGCCGUUUCAUGAAGAGCUCCAAAAAAAUGGUGAAUAUUUUGACCCAAAGCACAUGGAGAGAGAAGUUUACGCCUUUGUUUUUCUCGCUCUCACAUGCCUUCUUCUCCUUGGUUCUAAAAAUUUGAAGGCCUUUUUCUCUUUCUUGCACAGAGGAAUCCAUUGGUUAUUGGCCACAAAAAUGAACAAAUGCUAAAGAAUUUAGAGAGAUAGUAGAGCCCUUUCUCUCUCUAGGAAGAGGUUUACGCCAUUGAUUCUCUCUCUCUCUCUCUCACAUGGCUUCUUUGCUCUGAAAGUUUCAAUGCCUUUAGCCAUUCUUACUUGGACGAUUCAUUGCAUUUCCAAUUGUCAAUCGCCGCAGAAGUUAACAGUUCCAAAGAAUUUGCAGAGGUAGUUUGAUUAAGCUCUCUCUCUCUCUCUCUCUCUCGCUCUUUCUCUCUGUUAAUGCUGCUUCAAAAGCUGGAGCUCAUCUGCUUGUUUCAAGCUUCUUUUCGGUCACGGGUGCUUGUAAGAGUUCGUUUCCCCGCUGUAAGCUUAUUCCAAACUUCUGGUGCUUGAAAUGCUCAUUUAUCUCUAUGAAUAUCUGUGUUCUUGGAUGCUUGAGGAAACAGGGUGAAAAGCUUCGUCUCUGCAAAAGAUUCGUAUUCACCGCAGUGUUUUUGAGUUUUUGUGGAUAAAUUUGGUUCAGGUGAUUCACUACUGGUCCGAUGAGCAUAGAUAUUGAAGCUUGUUGUCAACUGCAUUUUUUUUGAUAGAUUUCUGCGCAUUCAUUCCAUUCUUGAAGGUCUCGAUUGAAGACUCAAGCUUCAGUUGAAAUGAACGUUUUCUGAUUAAUUUUCGGCCAUCGCAUCCUCCUCUAGAAGUCUUCGGUAAGGAUUGUGGCUUCUAUACUUCAAAGAUCCAAAAUAAGAACAGGAGAAAAAGCUUCAUUUCCACAAAAUUUGAUGUUACUGAGAGUUGAUAAUUUUCGAAGAUAUAUUGGGCUAAGGAGGUUACAAGGUUAUAUCAACUGGGAUCCACAUUCUCCAUUAAGUGAACCUUCUCUGAUCAAUAUCCGGUUGUUAAUUCCAUUUUUGAAGGUCACGAGUUAAGAGCCUGGUUUCAAAAUCAGUAAAAGGACAGAGAAACGCUUUUUUGCCAGGAUAUUGAGAUUUCUGGUGCUUUCUCUUUGUUUUCUCUGAAGUAAUUUUGGUUUUGCGGAUUUUCGAUUGGUUUGAAGCUGUCUUAUUUGAGGAGUGCCUUUAUAUGCCAAGUUGUCUUUCAGUUUUCAGUUUUUGACCAUUGCCGAAAGUUUUAGUCGAAGGUUCAAGCUUUUCUGGUGCUCUAAGUCCAGAGCAAUCGGAUACUUUUCGUUGAAUCCCUGGAUUAAAAAAGUCACUCAGAAGGUCUUGAGAGCAAGAUUGCAAAGAGAUAUCCAAUCUUAAAAAGCUUAUUCAAAGACCUGUUCGCCGAUUGGAUGGAACCUUCAUACUAUCAUGAAUAUAUAGAAGAGCAGGUGAGCUUACGAGAACAGUAUGCGGGGCUGAGAGGACUACUCUUACUAUGUAGUUCACGACUAUAGAAGGGUGAGAUGUAAGGAUUUUGAGUGAAUUCACUGUUCUUUCCAUGGUUUGUGAAAUGGGUGGUGAUUACUUGUCAGACAUGGAAGUAGAAGUCCUGCCUUCUAUGUGGCCUGUAGAUUUAGGAAAUGAAUUGGGGAAGCAAUUUAAUAUAGAAAUACCAGGGGCGAGUCAAGAAUUAUUGGAGGAAGUUGCAAUUGUGGAAGAUCCCUCUGUUGUAGAUUUCAAACGCCUACUAGAGCUGACGAAUUAUAGCGAGAGAGGGUCCUCCCAAUUGGCCUACCUUGUAAAGCAGUGGGAGUUUAAACAAAACAAUGCUGUUCGCCUUCUUAAAGAGGAGCUUGACAUUUUAAGCAAGCAAAGACAAGAAGUAGAACUCAAGAAAUUGGAGAUUUUGGAGGCACAUCGAUUUGAAGAAGACAAAUAUGUUGGUGAUAAGAGGCCAGUUUCGAUAUUGGAUGAGGGUUAUGAUAUUUGGGAAACCAUUCCUAGGAGGAGAAAUGAAAUUGUUGUCCAGAACAGUAAUUUUGAAAUAGAUUCUGAGUAUGACUCUGUGAAGUAUUGGAAGCAACGAGCCAAGGAGUUGGAAAAAUUGUUGGAGGAAAGUACUAGGAGAGAGCAGAGACUCCAGGACAAAUUGCAAGAGAACAUAGAGAAUCUGGCUAGACAAUCAUCCCCUGUAGAAGAAUUGUCUCAGAUAUUAAAGAGGGCUGAUAACUUUUUGCAUUUUGUGCUCCAGAAUGCACCUGUUGUUAUCGGACAUCAGGAUAAAGAUUUGCGCUAUCGGUUCAUUUACAAUCCUCACCCAACUCUUCAAGAGGAGGAAAUUAUUGGGAGAACUGAUGUUGAGAUAUUUACUGGAGCUGGAGUAAAGGAAUCUCAGGAUUUCAAGAAAGAGGUCCUAGAGCGUGGCUUGCCAGCAAAACGUGAAAUAACAUUUGAAACAGAGUUGUUUGGAUCAAAGACAUUCUUGAUAUAUGUUGAACCUGUAUUCAGUAAGGCAGGAGAUACAAUUGGUGUGAAUUACAUGGGCAUGGAUAUAACUGACCAAGUUAUAAAAAGAGAGAAAAUGGCAAAGUUACGGGAAGAGAUAGCCGUACAAAAAGCAAAGGAAACAGAACUCAACAAAACAAUACAUAUUACAGAGGAAACAAUGCGGGCUAAACAAAUGCUGGCAACCAUGUCUCAUGAGAUAAGAUCUCCUCUAUCUGGGGUUGUGAGCAUGGCUGAGAUUCUUGCCAACUCUAAACUUGAUCCUGAGCAGCGGCAAUUGUUGGAUGUCAUGCUGUCUUCUGGAGAUCUGGUGUUGCAGCUUAUAAAUGACAUUCUUGACCUUUCCAAGGUCGAAUCAGGGGUAAUGAAGUUGGAAGCUGCAAAGUUCCGUCCAAGAGAAGUGGUCAAGCAUGUACUCCAGACUGCUGCAGCAUCAUUACAGAAGGAAUUGACCUUGGAAGGACACAUUACGGAUGAUGUUCCUUUGGAGGUCAUUGGAGAUGUGCUCAGGAUUCGGCAAAUUUUAACCAACCUGAUCAGCAAUGCAGUUAAAUUCACCCAUGAAGGAAAGGUCGGGGUAAACCUUUACGUCAUACCAGAACCAGACUGUGGGCAUUCUGGAAGAUGUACCCAGACCGUUUCAGAUGCCCAGUCUUCGGACUCGAGAAAAGCCAGAGUCGAAGAUUCUAUUCCUGCAUAUCCAAGUAACAGUUAUGUUGAAGGUGGUGUUUCUGAUGAGCAACCUGGAUCAGCAAGAAUAAAAGCAUCUGCUUCAUUAGAUGAUGACAAAGAGGACUCUUUGGAAACAAAAGUGUGGCUUCGGUGUGAUGUAUAUGACACUGGCAUCGGAAUACCAGAGAAGGCGUUACCCAGUUUAUUUAAAAAGUACAUGCAAGUUAGUGCAGAUCAUGCACGAAAAUAUGGUGGGACUGGGCUCGGCCUUGCAAUAUGCAAGCAAUUGGUUGAGCUGAUGGGUGGACAUCUUACUGUUAGUAGUCAAGAGCAUCAUGGUUCAACAUUUACUUUUGAGCUACCUUGUCGAGUGCCUUUGAAAAGGGUACACUCUGAUGAUACGGAUGAAGAGAUAUCAGACAUGCUUGACCAUGAUGCAACGAUGGAUGAUGAUGAAGCCAAGGUUGGCCACUUUUGCUUUAAGCCAAGAACGCUGGGUACACUGUUCUCUUCAGGUGGGCCCAUUGCCAGAGCAAAACUAUUGAACAAUACAAUCAACAUGCAACGCUCUUUACCAAAAGAAACUUAUUCACUUCCCAUGAGCAUACACACCACUAACGACAGUGCUCAAGUCAAGAAUUCAUGCUCGGCAACUGAUACAAUAGAUUCCUCAGGCUCUAAGUUUCCUAGGGAACCGAUGGAUAUUGAUAACAAUGAGUCAAUAAUAGAAGAGGAAAGGAAGAAAAAUGACCAGGUUUGUCCCCAGGUGAAUGGAUGCCGAAGCGGUAGUGCUGAGCUUGAUGCAUUAUCUUAUCCAAGUGAUAACUGCUCCCAACCUAGACAAAUGUCAUGUUCAGAUCCAGAUAAUGGGAAUGAGAAGAAACAAUCUUGUGAGACUUCAUGUAAGAGUCAGGAGCAUGCUAACAGGAGCCUGGAUUCAUCAGGGCUAUCCAAAGCGCAGUCGCAAGCCAAAAUACUCCUUGUAGAAGAUAACAAGAUCAAUAUAAUGGUGACUCAGUCCAUGAUGAAGCAACUGGGUCAUAAAAUAGACAUUGUCAAUAAUGGAGUUGAAGCAGUACGGGCAGUUCAAUCAUGUAGAUAUGAUCUCAUUCUGAUGGAUGUUUGUAUGCCAAUAAUGGAUGGCCUCCAAGCUACCCAGUUGAUUCGUUCCUUUGAAGAAACUGGUAACUGGGAUGCAGCUAGAGAGGCUGGGGUUGAGGGAUUACCCUCCUGCUCUGGUUCUCAAUCGAGUUCUCAAGAGGCAUUGGAAUCUUGGAACAGAAUUCCCAUUAUUGCGAUGACGGCAAAUGCAUUGGCCGAGAGCGUGGCUGAAUGCCUUGCCAAUGGUAUGGAUUCUUUUGUAGCUAAGCCUGUCACAUUCCAGAAAUUGAAACAUUGCCUUCAAAACUAUUUAUCUGUAUAAGCUCUUUUUUGUUGGUGAUCCUGUAAAAAGAAAAAAAUAAGAAGUUUUGAAUUUAGUGUAUCAUGUUUAGGUCCAUUCAUUAUCGAUUUGAGGUGAUCAGUUUUCCCGGCUA